AUGAGCACUGUGUGUGAAGCCAAUGGCACCUUUGCCAUCCAACUGUUGAAGAUGCUCUGUCAAAAAGAUCCUUCUGAAAAUGUAUGUUUUUCUCCUAUGAGCAUCUCCUCUGCUCUAGCUAUGGUCCUCUUGGGGGCGAAGGGAGACACUGCAGCCCAGAUAGCCCAGGCACUUGGUUUAAACCAAGUGAAAGACAUUCACCAGGGCUUCGAGUCACUUCUCUGUCACCUGAAGAAGCCAAACAGAAAGUACACCCUUAGAAUGGCCAACAGGCUCUUUGCAGAGAGAAAAUUUGAAUUGCUCCUAGCCUUUAAGGAGUCCUGCCUUCAGUUCUAUCACUCACAGAUUGAGCAGCUCUCCUUUGUCACAGCUGCAGAGGAGUCCCGGAAACACAUAAACACGUGGAUCUCCAAAGAGACUGACGGCAAAAUUCCAGAGCUGUUGUCAAGUGACUCAGUUGAUCGAGAGACCAGGCUGAUCCUUGUCAAUGCCUUAUAUUUCAAAGGAAAGUGGCAUCAAGUGUUUAAAAGAGGAAACACCACGGAAAUGCUAUUUAAAAUAAAUGAGAAGGAGGAAAGGCCAGUGCAGAUGAUGUAUCAGGAAAAAAAGUUCAACUUCGCCUUUGUGACGGAAGUACAGUCACAAAUACUGGAGAUGCGCUAUAAGGGAAAGGAGCUGAGUAUGUUCAUCCUGCUCCCAGAUGAAGGUGUGGACCUCAGCAAGGUGGAAAACAAUCUCACCUUUGAGAAGUUAACAGCCUGGACCAAACCUGGUUUUAUGACGAAAACUGAGAUUGAGGUGUACCUUCCAAAAUUCAGGCUGCAAGAGAAAUAUGACAUGGAAUCCAUUUUUCAACAGUUGGGAAUGGUGGAUGUCUUCCAAGAGGGCAGUGCUGACUUAUCAGCAAUGUCUCCAGAGAGGGGUCUAAGUGUGUCCAAGUGUCUUCACCAGAGCGUGGUAGAGGUCAACGAGGAAGGCACAGAGGCUGCAGCAGGGUCAGCCAUGGAAGUGGUUGAUUGUUGUUUGGGCCAAGUGUUCUGUGCUGACCACCCCUUCCUUUUCUUCAUCAGGCACAACAAAACCAACAGCAUCCUGUUCUGUGGCAGGUUCUCAUCUCCAUAAAGGCACAUUUACUCCAUAGGGCACAGUUCUCUCUUCAGCAUCUCUUCAACACUCUGUGAGGGUGUGCAAAUAAGGGGAUGCCAUGUUCCAAGCUGAGGAAACUUUCUCCUGGCAGCCUGAUCUUAUGAUGCCUGCAUUUGGCUCUU